AUGGCGCCGGUGGGCGGGGGCGGGCGCCCGGGCGGCGGGCCGGCCCGAGGGCGCCUCCUCCCGGCGGCGCUGGUGCUGCUUGUGCUGCUGUGGGCGCGGGGGGCCGGGGGCGAGGGCAGCCCCCAUCGGGGUGCGAUCGUGGGCAUGAGGCUGGCGAGCUGCAACAAGUCAUGUGGGAUGAACCCGGAUGGCAUCAUCUUCGUGUCGGAGGGCAGCACGGUGAACCUGAGGCUGUACGGCCAGAGUCUGGGCGAUGUCUCCAGCAAUCUGAUCUCUUUCACCGAGGUGGACAACGCGGAGACCGCCCACAACUCCACCAACUGCCUGGAGCUCACCAAGGACCUGGUCGUCCAGCAGCUGGUCAACGUGAGCCGCGGGAACACGUCCGGGAUGCUGGUGGUGCUCACCAAGUUCCUCCGGAGGAGCGAGAACAUGAAGCUGUAUGCUCUGUGCACCCGGGCACAGGCUGACGGGCCUUGGCUCAAAUGGACAGACAAGGACUCACUGCUCUUCAUGGUGGAGGAACCCGGGAGGAUCUUGCCACUUUGGAUGCACAUUCUCCUGGUUUUGGUGCUUCUCGUGUUGUCGGGCAUCUUUUCUGGCCUCAACCUGGGGCUUAUGGCCCUGGAUCCCAUGGAGCUGCGCAUCGUGCAGAACUGUGGCACUGAGAAAGAGAGGCGAUAUGCCCGCAAGAUCGAGCCAAUCAGACGCAAGGGCAAUUACCUGCUCUGCUCUCUACUCCUGGGGAAUGUGCUGGUCAACACCUCCCUUACCAUCCUCCUGGACAACCUCAUUGGGUCUGGCCUUAUGGCCGUGGCCUCCUCCACCAUUGGCAUUGUCAUCUUUGGCGAGAUCUUACCUCAGGCCCUGUGCUCCCGACAUGGGUUGGCAGUGGGUGCCAACACCAUCGUUCUUACCAAAUUCUUUAUGCUGCUCACCUUCCCCCUCAGUUUCCCUAUUAGCAAGCUCUUGGACUUUUUUUUGGGUCAGGAGAUUCGCACAGUUUACAAUCGGGAGAAGCUGAUGGAGAUGUUGAAGGUGACAGAACCCUAUAAUGACCUCGUGAAAGAGGAGUUAAAUAUGAUCCAGGGUGCCCUGGAGCUGAGGACCAAAACUGUAGAGGAUAUCAUGACCCAGCUCCAGAACUGUUUCAUGAUUCGAAGUGAUGCUAUUCUGGACUUCAACACUAUGUCAGAGAUUAUGGAAAGUGGUUAUACCCGCAUUCCUGUGUUUGAAGAUGAGCAGUCUAAUAUUGUAGAUAUUCUUUACGUCAAAGACUUGGCUUUUGUGGAUCCAGAUGACUGCACCCCCCUCAAGACCAUCACCCGCUUCUACAACCACCCUGUGCACUUUGUUUUCCAUGACACCAAAUUGGAUGCAAUGCUGGAGGAGUUCAAGAAGGGGAAGUCCCACCUGGCCAUUGUGCAGAAGGUGAACAACGAGGGUGAGGGCGACCCCUUCUAUGAGGUGCUGGGCCUGGUCACCCUGGAGGACGUCAUCGAGGAGAUCAUCAAGUCUGAGAUUCUGGAUGAGUCGGACAUGUACACUGACAAUCGAAGCCGGAAACGGGUGUCUGAGAAGAACAAGCGUGACUUCUCAGCCUUCAAGGACACUGACAGUGAACUCAAAGUAAAAAUUUCACCACAACUCCUUCUGGCUGCUCAUCGCUUUCUGGCAUCAGAGGUAUCCCAGUUUAGCCCCUCUUUGAUAUCAGAGAAAAUCCUGCUGCGACUGCUCAAGUACCCAGAUGUCAUUCAGGAACUCAAGUUUGAUGAACGUAACAAAUACUGCUCAGGCCAUUAUCUGUACACCCGGAACAAGCCAGCUGACUACUUCAUUCUCAUCCUUCAGGGGAAGGUAGAGGUGGAAGCAGGGAAGGAGAACAUGAAGUUUGAGACUGGCGCCUUCUCAUACUAUGGGACCAUGGCCCUUUCCUCUGUCCCCACUGACCGAUCCCCAUCCCACCCCGUCCCUCUCAGUCGCUCGGCCUCCCUCAGUUACCCAGACCACAGCAUAGAUAUGUCGCCCUCCACCACCCUCACAAGCAGCUGUAACCAGUUUGGCAGCUGCAGCCUGGGCCAAUACACCUCUGACUUCAGCGUCCGGGCACUUAUGGACCUUCAGUACAUUAAGAUCACUCGGCAGCAGUACCAGAAUGGACUGUUGGCCUCCCGCAUGGAGAGCAGCCCUCAGUUUCCCUUGGAUGGCUCUACCUCCUGUGCAGAGAACUUUUCUGAGAAGUCUCAGCUGUCGGUGGUGGAUGAGACCACGACUCUUCUCAAUGAGCGCAACUCCUUGCUACACAGAGCCUCUCAAGAGAGUGCCAUCUGACAGGAGGGCCUGGGGGCCCCCCGCCCACCCUGCGGGGGCCUCCCUGGUGGGCCCACAUGAAGACAGGGAGCCUGUUAGGCCAGAAGGGGUGCAGGUAGAUAGAUAGCCUGCAUAACUAAGCAGCCAGACAGUCCUACCUAUGGGGACCUAGCUGCUGACGGGGACCUCUGAACAGCACUGUGGUGGUGGCUGCCCAGCCCUGGUCCAGUGAGGCAGUAGGCCAGCUAUGUGAGCAAAGGCUGGUUUUUUUACUUACAGAAUUUCUAAGCUAGGCUCAUUGCUCCUCUUUUUAAAUAUCAUUUUGGGAAGGGAAGACAGGGUUAAGGAAUUUUAUAUUUAAAAAAUUUUUUUUUCCAAAAAGACUUUAAAAGAAGGAGGGUUCUCACCCUAGGAAGCAAGAGCCAUACUCUGCUCUGACAUGAUCUUCUAGUCUGAAUCCUUGACUCUGGGAGCCGUGCUUCUGCUACCACCGUGGAGGCCCAGAGCCCAUAGGAGAAGGGAUUGGCUCUUCCUAGGAAGCAAAGAACCAAAUGGCAUUGAGAUCAGCUGCCUGGACAUGUGCACCAAGUCCUAUCUGAGGUCACUGAAGCUGCGAACAGCUGGGUAACUGAUCAGGGACAUGAUAACCCCAGCAACAGAGGGGAGCACAUCUACUGCUGUCAACCACUGGAUCAGAAAUCUGCCAGAACUCUGUUGAUGGCUCUCCUGGUGAGUCAAGGCUUGACUAAGGACCCUCCCCAUCUCCCAUAUACUCCUUCAGACAACCCCCCUCCCCCCGGGAUGGGGCUGCCUCCAAGUGUUAGGCAGAGUGUUUGGCUUUACGAUUGCUUACUUGCUUCUCAGGCCCUGACCUCACUUUUACCAAAGGUUCCCCCCUUGAUGGGGAGGGCAUCUGCACCAGAGGUAACUUGUCUGCAGUCCUCCUUUCUAUACCAGAAAAGACUCUGGUCAUAGACGUCUGCAUUGUUAGCAGUUAAUUCUACCCAUACCUACCUACAAGGAGGUCAGGCUCAGUUGACCCAGGAAACCCUUUUCCCAGACUUAUUUCUCAUCUCUAUACCCCAAUCUCUCUGGGGAGUGAAGACAGGAGCUUGUUUGUCAUGCCUUUUUCUCAGCUGCUUGCUGAGGUUUCCCUGAUCUUAUUUGUCCACUUAAGGAACCCUGGGAAAUAAGGGAUCUUGUUAAAGGCUUGCCACUGGCAGCCCUGGUUUCCUGUACUUGUGAGAACCUAGUGAGAGCGUGCAGCCUGGCCUCACUGCAGCUGGUGGUACUGACAGCCCACCCCUGUGUGCAGCCCUGCCUCAGCCCUCUUCCCUGGGUUUUGGAAUCAGGCCAUGCUGUAGAGGUCCAGGCUUUCACUGUGGGGAAGCUGGGGCCACGUCCAUCUUGUUAAGUGGAAUAGAAGCUGGGGUGUGGUGGAGGAGAUGCUGCAGGCUUUCUGCCUGAGUAGUUUUUAUUUGUACUUUUCCUUAGCCAGUGGCAUUGUCCUGUUGCCCAAGUGUUCUGCUCACUAGGUACCCAGUGAAUCCUAACUCCUAGGAACAGGGUGUGUCUUGCACCAAGUGUGGCCCUGGCCAGACUGAGGUCAUCCCCAGCACAGACUUUACUCCUAGAAGCUUGGAAGAAAAGGUGGUAAUAAGUUGUCAACCAAAAGAAGAAAAACCACCUAACCUUUAACACUCCCCACCCCCACAUAGGAAACUCUUAGUUUUCUACAAGAGCAGCUUGCUGAGUCCCAAAAGGAGCUAGCCCAGCUGUGUACCUGAUUGUGCCAGGUGGAGCAAAACACGUUGGCCUGAGCCACGUGAGUAGGUGUGAGGCAAAAGGAACAGGUGCACACACUUCUGCAGCUACCUCUUUGCCCAUGGUUACUACCAACUGUCAGUCCCUCUCCCCUCCCCGACAUCAUCCCAUUUACAAUCACUUCUUGCAGAGGGUCAUAAUUAUUUCCAAAUAUUACCGGUCCAAUGACUUCCUCCUCCCAGUGCAAUUUUUCACUUCCUAUUCCAACCUCUGGUUCCUGGGCUGAGCCAUACUCUGGAACUGACCUAUUGUGCAUGUCUCCCAAGUGAGACAUUGCAAUUGGCAUCCAAAUGGGUAGGCAAGUCACAGCCACCAUAGCAAAUAACUCCUAUUUAUUUUGCAUAAAAUUUUAAUUUGUAUAUUUUUGUGAUUUAUUUUGGCAUUGUUAUGAGUUUGACUCUCGGGGAGUUUUGUUGUUAUGACUCUUGUGUCUUUUGUCACAAAACAAUGAUAAUAUUUGCUGAACAAUAUAUGGAAUUUAUUUUUGAUUGGUAAUAAAAUGAAAUAUGUUUAAGUCUU